GCCCCUCCUCUUUUAGGGAGAGGGUUGUGUGUGUGUUUUUAGGGGUGUUGCUGUUCAUUGAAUUGUUUCGUGGUGGAGAUCAGCGCCUGCGGAGCCUGUUUGCUCAAAGAGGAUUUAGGAGAGAAGAGCCGAGGCGGGGAAGCAGGAAGGCAAAAGUGGGGUUUUUCAUGGAAUAAUAUGCAAAGGGAUGAUGACUAGGAAGACUUCUUAGUUUGUGGAUCCUGAACAGCAGGAUAUUGCAAGCAAGCAAGCUGUUCAGUCAGUGAUUUAUCCUGCUUGUCUUUUUUAUAAAAUGUUCUUACUUCUGUUCAAGUUGUAAAAAGGUUUUAUCCUGUUUUUCAAGAUCCUCAAAGGUUUUGUGUUGCCGAUAGGGCUGCAUUGUAUUAUUAUUAUUAUUAUUAUUAUUAUUAUUUAUUAUUCCCAGGCACCCCCAAGAUCUGAGGAGAGCUGGUCGGGGGUUGCAAACUUGCGAAAGGUGCACUUAUUUCUUGACACCUCACACGUGUGUUUUUGGAACCCAUCCAGUUUUCAGUGCCCAAAAUCUGUUUAAAUUAUUUUUAAUUCCUGAUUUUAAACGGUUGUAACCCAUAGCUGUCAACGUUUCCCUUUUUUUAAGGGAAAUUCCCUUAUUCCGAAUAGGAUUCCUCACAAGAAAAGGGAAAAGUUGACAGCUAUGUUGUAACCUAUCCUGCCACUGAAGGGAUGGCAAUAAACAACCACCACCAAAAUAAUCCUAAUAAUAAUAAUAUUAUUAGUAACAAAUGUUUUUCGCCGUUUUUAAUUUAUGAAUUUACUUUUUCUGUAAGCUGCUUUGAGACUUGCCAGUGAAGGGUGGGCAAUACAUGGGCGAUUGAAGUUCAAGAUCAGCAGGGACACUUAAUCCAUGGCGCUGCCUAUCGUUCUCCUGCUUCUGAGGACACACACUUCCCUUCCCAACCUAGGAAAGGAAGAACCCAAGAAACUCACCAUUUUUAAGGACCAUGCGCCAAGAUGGUGCUUUUUGCAUAUGGGGUGGCUUUAAACCUGUUCCAAAUUGCCUCAUUGAACUUGGCAAGGCUGAGGGCACCCCCUGGUCAAGAUGGCUCAUUUCUCAUAGAAUUGUAGAGUUGGAGGGGACCCCAGAGGUCAUCCAGCCCAACCCCCUGCAAUGCAGGAAUCCUGCCCACAGCCAUCCCUGGGUGGGCUUGAACCAACAGCCUUCUGGUUAGCAGCCAGGCGCGCGGACCCAUUGCCCCACCUCUUACCUCUCUUGGUAAUCCCUAACCGUUUCAGGUGUCGGUGCUGUUGAUGGACUGGGCCGCUACCUUCCCCGAGGCAGAGGAUGCUGCUUCAGACAGUGCACAGAGGCUCGUGUCCCAGGGAGUCAAGCAGGAGGAUGGCCAAGAUUCGCUGGGUAAGGUGAACAUAGAAUCGUAGAGCUGGAAGGGACCCUGGGGUCAUCUAGUCCAACCCCCUACAAUGCAGGAAUCUCAGCUAAAGCAUGCAAGGCAGAUGGCCAUCCAGCCUGUGCUUAAAAACCUCCAGUGUGUACUUGAGCAGAGAGAAAAGGAGGAGGAGGAGAACCUUUGGGGAGGAGAAGCUUAGUGGUGGAGCAUCAAGGCCCAGAACGAUGGGGGGUGGAGACACCUGUUCAGGUAUACUUGUUCAGGCCUCGGUCCUGUAUACCUGAAGGAGCGUCUCCACCCCCAUUGUUCAGCCCGGACACUAAGAUCCAGCGCCAAGGGCCUUCUGGUGGUUCCCUCAAUGCGAGAAGUGAGGUUACAGGGAACCAGACAAAGGGCCUUCUCGGUAGUGGCACCUGCCCUGUGGAACACCCUCCCUUCAGAUGUGAAGGAAAUAAGCAGCUAUCUUAUCUUUAAAAGACAUCUGAAGGCAGCCCUGUUUAGGGAAGUUUUUAAUAAAAAUGUUUUUAACACUUGAUUGGGAGCCGCCCAGAGUGGCUGGGGAAACUCAGCCAGAUGGGCGGGGUAUAAAUAAUUUAUUAUUAUUAUUAUUAUUAUUAGACUGAGGCCCAGAUUAUCUGUCAAUAGGGAAUGCUUGCUUCUUCUUUUGGGGACUGAUGAAAUAAUAUUCCAGUUAACUGGUGUCUCUUCCCCUUGGCUCUCAUUUCUUUCUCUGCUCCAGUAGGAGGACGCUGGGAGAGGGAAAACAAAGGCGAACCAGGAGGAGUGUCUACAAAAAUGGAAGAUCUAGACGUGGAUGUCAGCACCAGUACUCAAGAUGAAGCCACGAGGCAGCAAAGCAGGAAAACGCCCGCCAGAGAUAAGCGCGGGAGUCCGUCCAAUGCCAGCAAAGAUGGGGAGGCCCACGAAGCCCCAGCCCAAGUAGAUGUGCAGGAGGAAAAGAGAAGGAACAAGUGCCCUGUGUGCGGGAAAAUGUUUUGUUCUAAGUCACGCCUUAACGUACACCAGAGAAUCCACACCGAGAAGAGGCCCUAUCAGUGCUUUGAGUGCGGGAAGGGUUUCAGGCAGAGUGGGCAUCUCUCUCAGCACCAGAGGAUGCACACGGGAGAAAAACGGUACAAGUGCUUGGAGUGCGGGAAGAGCUUCAGCCAGAGCACCUAUUUUAUCCUCCACAAAAUAACCCACACGGGAGAGAAGCCGUUUACGUGCCUGGAGUGCGGGAAGAGCUUCAGUCACAGCAGGCGGCUGACCAUCCACCGCACCAUCCACACAGGGGAAAGGCCAUACAAGUGCAAGGAGUGCGGGCAGAGCUUCAGCCAGAGCACACACCUUACAUCUCACCAGAGAAUCCACACCGGGGAGAAACCGUACAAGUGCCAGGAGUGCGGGAAAUGCUUCAAUCAGAGCACGCACCUCACUUUGCAUCGAAGGAUCCACACCGGGGAGAAACCGUACCAGUGUCUGGAGUGUGGGAAGUCCUUCAGCCAGAGACCGCACCUUACUUUGCACCGGAGAAUCCACACGGAGGAGAAGAUGUACAAAUGCUCGGAGUGCGGGAAGAGCUUCCAUCGGAGCGACCACCUGACCUCGCACCUGAGAGUGCACACGGGAGAGAAGCCGUACCAGUGCUCACAGUGCGGGAAGAGCUUUAGCCGAAGCGCAAUCCUGACUAAGCAUCAGAUAACCCACAAAGGUGGAGAAACUCCUGUGGGAACAGAUGAAAGCUCUGCCUGAGCAUUUCCUGAGAAAUUCCGGCCGGUUGUGACGCACUGCUGUUCCGCUCCAGAGAGAGGGUUGACGUGUGAUUACACUGUACAGUGGUACCUCGGGUUACAGACGCUUCAGGUUACAGACGCUUCAGGUUACAGACUCUGCUAAGCCAGAAAUAGUACCUUGGGUUAAGAACUUUACCUCAGGAUGAGAACAGAAAUCGCGCAGUGGCAGCAGGAGGCCCCAUUAGCUAAAGUGUUACCUCAGGUUAAGGAGUUUCAGGUUAAGAACGGACCUCCAGAACGAAUUAAGUUCUUAACCCGAGGUACCACUGUAUAGCAGCACAAUCCUUGGGCAUCCUGGAUCAAAUGGAAUGUGCUUCAAAUGUCAUUCACGUGUUCUUUACAUUAGAGUUAGAGAAACCCAUAGCUCUCCUCUGGAUCAAGUCCCCUUAAACCCCAGGCAGCAUGGCUGAUGGUCGGGAAUUAUGAGUGUUGUAGCCUAACAACUUCGGAGGGUUCACAGGUUUCCCUGUCCGUACUGCAGAUCAGCGUUUCCCAAACUUUUUUCAGGCCAUUGUUUUGAUAAACUUGUGCCCAGUGCCCCACCCUUUCAAAAGCAUUAUUCAGGAUAGCAGUUUGCACAACUCCCUUAAGAGAUUAACACAAUAAAAUUCUAAACAGCAGCAAUUAAGUGCACAUUGAUUUAAAAUUCAGUUCAAAUGACUUGUUGUUGUUUAGUCGUUUAGUCGUGUCCGACUCUUCGUGACCCCAUGGACCAGAGCACACCAGGCACUCCUGUCUUCCACUGCCUCCCACAGUAUGGUUAAACUCAUGCUGGUAGCUUCGAGAACACUGUCCAACCAUCUGGUCCUCUGUCAUCCCCUUCUCCUUGUGCCCUCCAUCUUUCCCAACAUCAGGGUCUUUUCCAUUGAGUCUUCUCUUCUCAUGAGGUGGCCAAAGUAUUGGAGCCUCAGCUUCAGGAUCUGUCCUUCCAGUGAGCACUCAGGGCUGAUUUCCUUCAGAAUGGAGAGGUUUGAUCUUCUUGCAGUCCAUGGGACUUUCAAGAGUCUCCUCCAGCACCAGAAUUCAAAAGCAUCCAUUCUUCGGCGAUCAGCCUUCUUUAUGGUCCAGCUCUCACUUCCAUACAUCACUACUGGGAAAACCAUAGCUUUAACUAUACGGACCUUUGUCGGCAAGGUUAUGUCUCUGCUUUUUAAGAUGCUUUUCUAGAUUUGUCAUUGCUUUUCUCCCAAGAAGCAGGCGUCUUUUAAUUUCCUGACUGCUGUCACCAUCUGCAGUGAUCAUGGAGCCCAAGAAAGUAAAAUCUCUCACUGCCUCCAUUUCUUCCCCUUCUCUUUGCCAGGAGGUGAUGGGCCCAGUGGCCAUGAUCUUCGUUUUUUUGAUGUUGAGCUUCAGGCCAUAUUUUGCGCUCUCCUCUUUCACCCUCAUUAAAAGGUUAUUUAAUUCCUCCUCACUUUCUGCCAUCAAGGUUGUUUCAUCUGCAUAUCUGAGGUUGUUGAUAUUUCUUCCGGCAAUCUUAAUUCCGGCUUGGGAAUGAUUUAGUUUAAUUCAUUUAACAAACUGGUGAACUUGAUCCAUUUUGUUGUAGGUUUUUAAACAGGUUGGAUGGUUGUCUGUCGUGGAUGCUUUAGCUGUGAUUCCUGCACAGCAGGGGGUUGGUCUAGAUGACCCCUGGGGUCCCUCCAAUUCUCCUGUUGCCUCUUAGCCCCCAGCUAGGAAAUCCCACCCCCACCCCAGGGGAUGGUACUGCCCAUUUUGGGAACCACUGAUCUCAAUUAAAGAACUCACAUAGGUGGAAACUCCUGUAAAAUGAAAAUUGUAUGCUCACAGAGCACAUUCCCAGCCAUGCUCUUUAUUAGCCUUUUUCAGUCUAGUUCCCUCCAGAUAAUUCAGACUAUUUUGCUGCCUCUUUCUCUGCAAAAAGUCACCUGGAUUUUGAGGGAUCCUUUCCUCCUCUCUGUCCCAGUUGGUAGCUUCUAUUUUUUAAAAAAAACAACAACCAAAGGGGUUUGUAGAUAAGCAGCUAGGGUACUUCUUUCAAGUAGAUGGGCUGGUGGAAGUAAAAUGUAUAAAACUGCCUUAUUUCAUCCUUUCUUUGUCAAAUCAUUCCAGUUUUAUUAGUUUCAGGCUAAGACCUGAGAGAUCUGGGUUCACUUAGCCAAGAAAGGGAGGCAAAUAUUGCCAGCCUACACCCCGGGGUUGUUGUUAUGAAUAACACAAUCACAGUUGUUCAAGACCCUGGAAGGCAGUUCUUGUCGCACCAGGGAAUGUAUAUUCUUCAAAUGAAUUUUUAAAAGAACGAGGAAGCAAAUCCUGCUAUUGGUUUUUAUUCGUUUGUACAUUGUUGGUGAUACUAAUAAAGAAACGAGCCUGUCUUGGGUAGUAAAAUGCAUGACCGAAAACUACUCUGGAAAGCUUGGAGUGGGGGAAAGAGAACUGUUACAAUGGGAUCGGGUGAGGGAAAUUGGUCCUUGCCUUGCACAACCGGCUGUGGCACCGUCCCUGUGGAUGUCAAGGAAAUAAACAACUAUCUGACUUUUAGAAGACAUC